UCACCUAACUGUCGGUCGCCAUUUUAAUGUAAAACAGUGUUUUGCCGUGUUGAUGAAUAAGAGCGGAUUAUUUCCUUCGGGAAUGGAAAUUUCGGAAAAAAUCUGCUUGAAAUCCGAUUUAUGUAUACCACAAAUCACUUAAACAGUGCCAAUUAUAAUCAAAUAAGUUUCCCCGCCGUAGCGAUUAGUACGGCUUAAAGAUGUUCUACGCACACUUCGUGCUUGCGAAAAAAGGGCCGCUGGCCAGGAUCUGGCUGGCAGCCCACUGGGACAAGAAGCUCACGAAGGCCCACGUCUUCGAGACCAACAUCGAGAAGUCCGUCGACGGGAUUCUUCAGCCUAAGGUGAAGAUGGCCCUCAGAACAUCGGGGCAUCUGCUGCUCGGAGUCGUGAGGAUCUAUUCCAGGAAAGCGAAGUACCUCCUGGCCGACUGCAACGAAGCAUUCGUCAAGAUUAAGAUGGCCUUCAGGCCUGGCAUGGUAGAUCUGCCCGAGGAGCACAGGGAGGCGGCUGUCAACGCGAUCACUUUGCCAGAAGUCUUCCACGAUUUUGAUACCACCAUGCCGGAGUUGAACGAUGUUGACAUCGAAGCCCAAUUCAGCAUGAACCAGUCAAGAGCUGAAGAGAUCACCAUGAGAGAGGACUAUGGAAACAUUUCUUUGGUCAACAACGACGAUGGUUUUGGCGAUAUGGGCUUCGAUACGGACGCACCUGAUUUGAUGAGACACGCCUCUGGUCUUACGCCAUCUAUGGAACAGAGCAAUCUGCUAUUCAGCGAGCCAGUUUUGGAGCCUGUCGAGUUGGAGAAGGAACCUGAACCUGUCCCUUCGACGUCGGGCACUCAGCACCACGAUACCCCCAUGGAAAUCGAUACCACGGUAAGGGACGACGGGUUCGGCUCAAAUUUGGACAAUAAUAUGAUAGCAGGUGGGCUUUUCGAAGGAGGACUUUUCGACGAACCCCCCAUGCCUGAUGUUCCCGCCGUGGAUGCCAGUAUUCCCGAUCCAACCCCUCAAGAGCUUCCGCCUCCACCUCCCGAUAGCGAUGAUGAUGAUGACCACUUGGACUUUGGAGGGCCCCCUUCAGUUGGGGGAGCAAGUUCUGACGGUUCUCGACCGCCCACCUCGCUGGCCAUGCCACUCCCGACAGCCCCCACGCCUACGCCUUCUGUGCACUCGGUUCAUCCUGAACCUAUUCCCGAACCGAUUCCGGAAAAACCUGCUACGCCUGCCCUCGACAACACCACCCUGUUGAGGAACGAAGAGGAAAGCUUUGCUCUAGCCCCAGUGGAUGCGAGUCUUCUGAAAGAUGAAUUCUACCUAGGUCUAACAAAGACCAGGAAGAAAAGGAAGCUCAUCGUCGACGAGGUUAAGAACAUUUCCGGCGAGGAGAUGAAGAACCAGCUGAGCGACACCAGCGACAUUGUCACCACGCUCGAUCUCGCGCCUCCCACCAAGAGGCUGAUGCACUGGAAGGAAACGGGUGGAGUGGAGAAACUGUUUGCGCUGCCCGCCAGGUUGAUACCAGCUCGAAUACUGUUCAAGUUCACAGGUAUGGGUAUGAUGCCUUCAACUCCAGGUAUGAUGCCUCCCACGCCGGGUAUGAUGCCUUCGCAUUCGCCAGGUAUGAUGCAGCCUCCCACCCCCAGCAUGAUGUAUCCCCAAACGCCAGGCUAUCCCGCACCACCGACGCCUUUGCAACAUAUCGAAGAGAUGCCUCAUUUACCUGCUGAUCAAGUUCAUUCGAUUCUUCAAGAACAAGAAAAUAUGGGUAACAUUCCUCCGAUGACACCUGCGCACACGUCUGAGGAUCUGCUUGGGGCUCACGACAUGGGAGCGCCGACGCCUCACCAUUCCGGCAUCGACGCCAACCUUCCUUUGGAACCCCUCGAGAAUCUCCAAAACGACCUGCAACCUAUGGAAAAUAUGGGAUAUGACCAGAAUCAGAUGGCAAAUAUGGGUUAUGAUGAGCAGCUCAGAGGGCACACGCCUGCAGGUAGCAUGUCGGAGAGAGCGCAUUCUCCUUGGGUUGGCGAUUACGAGUAUGAAGCAGGACCGGUUGAAGAGCAGCAAGUCGAUGAAACGGACGAGCAGUUCGAAGAACGGGUACUGAACAAAAGAGCAUAUCAAAUGUUUACUGUCGUCAAACAAAAGUUCCACCAGACGGACAAAAUCACCCUCACGGAAAUGUGUCACAGAAACAACAAAAAACAGGCUUCCCAAAAGUUCUACAGUUUGUUGGUUCUGAAAAAGUUUCACGUUUUGGAGCUGGAACAAGAAGAACCUUACGGCACGAUAACGGUGGUGAAAGGACCUAAAUUCGAUAACCCGUCAUUGUGAAGAAUGAAAUAUUUAUUUUUGUUGUUUAAGCCCAAAUUGGAGAUCGUCUUAUAUUUAUUUUGAGGUAUCUUUAAAAUGAAAAAUUGUACAUACACUUUAUUUUUUCAAAUUAGGGAACAAAGUAUCCAUAAUUAGUAAUUUACCAAAGUUUUGCAUGUUUUCUUUUUCCUUCUGCAACUAAGUUGUUCACUUUUCUUUUGCGAAACUGAUAUUUCAAUUCAAAUACAGAGAUUUUUUUUAUCAUCCGGUUGACCAUCGGAAUAAUUUAGUUAUACUUUUGUGUACAAAUUCCCUCUUUUUACAGUUUAUACGUCUUUUUUGCUCUAUAUAUGUAUACCUUUUUUUCUUUAUACAAGCAGUCUUCAUUGCUGUGUUUUUUUUUAUACACUGGAAAUAUCAAUGCCUGAAUUAGUAGCGACUUAUUAUUGUUCAUCAUGGUUUAAUAUUCCAGACUUUCGUUUUCUAGAGGUUGAUUUUUUCCACCAGAUACAUCUAGAAUUAAUUCAAGUCCGGCUCGAAGGACCAAACUCCGUGAGAUUAAUUAAAAAGGCCUAUCCAAAAAUGGCGGGAUGAAAAAAAACAGGUUCUUUUAAACCUUUAAGGAACACCUCAACUGUAGACCAAUUAUUUCUGAUAGUGUAUUCCUUUUAUGUUCAAUACAAAAGCAACUUCAAAUCUUUUUUUCGACAAAGUGUUAAAUUUCUCAGCUAAGUUCUAUGUUUUAUAGAGGAAUGGUAAAGAGAAAGUCAUUCUACAAAAAUUCCCAGUAAUACUUGGAAUAUGCGGCUCGAAGGACCAAUAUUUUGAUUUUGUACUGAUCUUUCAAACGAGCCGAUCUUUCUAAGUUGUCCAGUAAAAAUGUUGUUUAUUAGAUUGAAAUGGGAAGUUUUCUAUUCUUGGUUCCAUCUCCAGGUUAUAAAGUAAUCAAAGAAGGAAGUUUCUCACUGGGUAUGCCAGUAGUAUGAGCCGUAUGAAGACAACUAGAGUACCGAAUCUUUUGCCUCAUUACUUUGACAAUGUAAUUGUAGACAAAAUGGCUCUGAGACAAAAAGGGGAAAGACUGUCAUAAUAUCUCUCUGAAACGAAAAUCAGUAAACUGAAGCCCAUUUGUUGAGCAAUAAUGUGUUCUAAGCUAAUUUAG